AAAUUAACGAAUCCCCAAUAAUCCCAAACGUGUACUCGCCCACACUUUAUCACUCUCUGCCCCUCUUUCUUUCUUUCUUUCUUUCAUUUUUUGCUAUAAGCUAAUUAAGCUCAUCAGACUGAUAGAGAGAAAAAAAACAAAGGCUCUUUAUUUGUUUCCAUUUUCUGUUUUUUGUGCACUGUGAGAAAGAAAGAGCGAGACAGAGAAUCGGGGCAUAUGGGUAUGGAGGCGACGACGAGCAACAACGUCAUCGCACCGUUCGUUAUGAAGACUUAUCAGAUGGUCAAUGAUCCGAUGACGGACAGUCUGAUCUCUUGGGGUCACGCCAAUAACAGCUUCAUAGUCAUCGAACCUUUAGAUUUUUCUCAGAAAAUUUUACCUGCUUUUUUCAAGCACAACAAUUUCUCCAGCUUUGUUCGCCAGCUCAAUACUUACGGGUUUCGAAAGGUCGAUCCAGAUAGAUGGGAAUUCGCGAAUGAAUGGUUUCUUCGAGGCCAAAAGCAUUUACUAAAGAAUAUCACGAGAAAAAAGCACUGUAAUAAUAACAGUGGAAGUAGUAGUACUAACACCACCACCACCACCAGUAACCGGGGAGUAAUUUCCCACACUACUUUCUCAGCUUCCAAACAGCUUGACCCGACAGAACUUGACGAUGAAGAGAUAGUCAUGGAGAUAACAAGGCUUAAGGAAGAACAGAGAACUUUAGAGGAAGAGCUUCAGGGGAUGACGAAGCGACUCGAGACCACUGAAAGACGACCCCAACAGAUGAUGGCCUUUCUCUAUAAGGUCGUUGAGGACCCUGAUAUUCUCCCUCGUAUGAUGACCCAGAACAAAAACCACCUCACCGAAAAGAAACGACGCCUAGCAAUAUCCUCUGCCACGACCUCUUCUAAUUCCUCCGGAGGCGGCGCCGCUACUGCCCCCACUACUGCCGCCGGGACGAGUACUAACAACUCGCUCAAGACCGAGGACGAAGACGACGUCGUUGCAAGCGAGGCAGGUUUCGAAUUGGACAGCUUUUAUAAUUUUAACCAGUCUUCAUCUUCAUCGCCGGAGUAUCCACCGCAGCCGAGAUGGGGUGCCCAGCGGCCAGCCCGGUUUAUUUCUCAAGAGGGUUUUUAUAAUGGUUACCCCGGGAAUAGCCAAAACCCGAUAUCGGCCGUUUCAGUAAGUAGGGUACCGGAAUCCAUGGCGGCGAUGGCGUCAUCAUCUAUGCCGGCUCCGGCGAGAUUUGUUUCUGGAUAUGGGAAUGGUAGUAGUAGUAAUAGUAAUAGCAAUAGUGGGCAAUUAGGUUAUUUUACAGGAGUAGUGGCUGGGAUGGAAUCCAGUGAUCCAGCUCCACCGCCUUAUCCAUUUUCAUUGUUUGGAGGUGGUUUUUAAUUCGUUAUUAGUUAACUUCACACCGUACUAUAUUGUUUCUUUUUCUUUCUUUCUUUUUUUCUAUCUUUUAUUUUUAAAAAAUUUUGCUCUGUAUUUCUUUCUUUUUAUCUUAUUUUAAACUUCAUUUGCUUUGUAAACAAAAGAUUAAUAAUAUGUUCAAAUAUUAUAUGUCGCCAA